AUGCCGACAGGUGAUGACGUCAGCAGGUCGUCAGGUGCUGUGGAAGCCGGCGGCCCUCCACCACCACAGUACGGCCCCGGACCACCACCCCAGGCGUAUCCCCCACCCCCACAGGCUGGAUACGCCCCACCUCCACCCCAGGGAUAUGCCCCACCACCCCAGGGGUACGCCCCGCCACCCCAGCCGUACGGCGCCCCACCACCCCAGGGAUAUGCUCCCCAGCCAGUCCAGCCGGGCUACCCACAGGCACAGCAGACUACGGUAGUGGUGGCGCAGCAGCAGCCGACUACUGUCGUGGUGCAACAGAGGAGAGCGAACGAGGUGAACCACUGUCUGCACUGCAUCAUCACGCUGUUCUUCUGGCCAUGGGUCUUCGUCUGGAUCGUCUUGUGUAUGAUGGAAGGAGACUGAACAAAGGUAUCCGCGUAUCCAUAGAACGGAUGGAGAGAGUCCGCCGCCGUCGCUUCUCACUUUUCUAAGACCUCACCACGUCCAUCAAAUGCAAAGGACUGUUCACAGCAUUUCACACAGGAGCUGACAAACCUUUUUGCCAUUUUUGCUGUACCUAACACAUAACCUUCUCGACGAAGGUAAAUAAUCUAAUCAUACAAUACAAUACAGUCUGUUCAAUACAAGACUGUUCCCAGCAUUUCACACAGGAGCUGAAGACCUAAACUUUUGAUAAUAACCACACAGUCACAUUCUAACUCGUCGUUGUACAAUGUUGAUGCCGUAGAAUUUUCAAGCAGGCUGUGACCAAACCAACCGCAGAUACGGAUCUAAGACUUACUCUCAAAGCAGAGGUUUGGGUUUGGGGUUAUUUUUUGCGUGUUUUUAGGCUUUUUUAUCGGAGUUUCUCUGCACUUAAUUUUUGUUCCCACCAAAGCCCCCAAAUUCAGUGCAAUAGAGAAACCCCGAUAAAAAGCCUAAAAACACGCUAAAAUAACCCCAAACCCAAACCUCUGCUUGGAGAGUAUCUAAGACUGCCUUUUGGUAACAACGGAGCUGAAUUUGUACGGGCAUGACUAUCCUAAAAAAAUACCCCCGAUUUGCGAUCGUAUUACGGUCGUACAACGUUUGUGAGCUAGUAUCAACCUAUGCUACAAUGCUUAAUACCCAUUUGCCUGCCGCGAUGUUGACCAUAUGCAUUUGUCUUGCUCUACAAUGAUAAUAUGUGGGACGGCCGAUAUAUAUAUCACAGACGUUGGUGUACAAAAUCAUCAAUUUAACAGAGUGAAUUUAACACAAAAUAUAUUUGUAAACUUUUAAACAUGAAUGUAAUCUAUAUAUUGAAUGUUCACAUAUAAGCUUGUUUGGAAAAUGUAUUAGGUUAAACACAUAAAGAGGAUUGUUGUAAUUUCUAUGCCCUAUAAUCGGAUUGCAAUUAUGUAAUAAUUUCUUUCCUUAAUUCGUUCAUUCCACUUUACGAGACCAAAAAGCAAAACUAACAUAUUGCAUAAUUGGGACUGUGCAAAGCAUACGAAGAUAUUGUUUUAGUCAAGUACAAGGUACGAAAAUAGUAUCACAGAAAAAUAUCAAUAUCGUAAUGAUCUAACUGUGCAACUGGUGGGAUAUUUCCUGGCUCUAAAAAUGUUUAUUCAAGAAAACAUGUCUCGAUGGUAAGUGUACUUUUUGGAUGAUAUUUUACAUACAUAUAAAACUACUACGACGUAUGUUGGCAUGUAUUUUGCAAGUGUUUGCAACAACGGAGCUGAAAUGUAUCUGUCAAAGAAACUGCUACAAUGUAACUAUUGUAACUUUGUUACAGGAAAAUGUCACAAUCUUUGUAAUGUGUUUGUUAUUUGUAUAAUUAUGUACAUUGUUACUCUGUACUUAAACUGUAUUGUUGUGGUA